AGGGACCUGCUGACAGGCCGGGACCCUCCCACGGACAGGUGGGGGACGACACAGCAGGAUAAAACCUCAUCUACAGACUGUGCAGGCUUACCCCCCCUCUGGACCCCCAGUGAAAUGGCUACGGAUUGGUGGGAGGAAAACUGAAACCAUGGCAACCAGCUGUUUGGCAAUUCCUCUGAUGGAGGAAGGGGAGGAAGAAGACAUUGGCCUGGAAGCCAAAUGAACAGAGGCAACAUAUCCCAGGAGAGCCGAGGGGAUCCAUCUCUGACAGAACUCACCUUCUGUUAUCCCAUCGCACAGGGAGAGGAGGAGGAAGGAGGCCGAGGCCCACGGCGAAUUUAAACCAAGCAGUCAUGGCUCUGCUGUCAGUCCUCACGCCUGUCCUGGCCGUGGUCCUGUGCCUGGUGAUAGGCUUCAUGCUGGUGAGGUCACGGGAGACAGAGACCACCUCGACCGCCCCUGGAAAAACUGAAGGGGCAAAAAAAGCAGACUUCAGACCGUGGGUGGACCAGGACUUGCAGGACGAUACAGAAAUCACAGCAAAAGAGGAAGAGGAUGGCGAUUGGGCGGACAGCCACGAGGAGGAAGACCUUCUACAUGUAACCUACUCACCACCACGUUACCCCGAGGAGACGAUGCUGCAGAGAUCCAAGGAUCUGUACACUCUGAUGAACCAGCGGAGGUCUGUCCGAUUCAUCAGCCCUGAGCCAGUCCCACGAGAAGUCAUCGAUAAUGUCAUCCAUACUGCAGGUACGGCCCCUAGUGGAGCGCACACAGAGCCCUGGACGUUUGUCGUGGUGUCAGACCCCGACACAAAGCACCAGAUCAGACAGAUAGUAGAAGAAGAGGAGGAGGUCAACUACCGUCAGAGGAUGGGGGACAAGUGGGUCAAUGAUUUGGCCAAAUUAAAGACAAACUGGAUUAAGGAUUACCUGGAUGUGGCUCCAUAUCUAGUCCUUGUAUUCAAACAGACCUAUGGGAUUCUACCAAAUGACAAGAAAAGGACACAUUACUACAAUGAAAUCAGUGUCUCCAUUUCCUGUGGAAUCCUGUUAGCUGCCUUACAGAACGUGGGUCUCGUCACCGUCACAUCGACGCCUCUAAACUGCGGCCCCCAGCUCAGGAUCCUCCUCAAACGGCCGGCCAAUGAGAAGCUGUUGAUGUUACUUCCUGUAGGUUAUCCUGCGUCUGACGCCACAGUGCCUGACUUGAAACGCAAGCCUCUGGAUGAUAUUAUGGUGUACAUAUAACAGAAUCAGUCUGUAAAGAAAAUACCCAUUUGUUUAUCAUCAUCUUUGACCCAUCUGAAAAAUCAUCAAAAACAUAUACCUAAUGUAAUUAGAAAUGUUUUAAUUGAUCAGUCUAAAACUAAAGCUUAACAAUAAACAUACAGUAUAUAUGGAAGGAACAGAAAAAAGUGUCCUUGCAACCAUGCGUUGUGUGUAAGUCAUCAGAUACACAAAGCAACAUCGGAUGACAAUCUUUUCAUACACUUUAAUAUAAACCCUUGAUUGACAAGUGUAGUUUAAUAUGCUAUUACUUUUAUUUUGAAUAAAGAUAACCCUACUGUUUAUAUCCUUUUUGUAUGUUUAUGUCCAGCCAAUCCUGUUGAGUUAAA